UGUUACCGAUCUUUACAGUACCCAUUGUUGCUCCUAUAUGCCUGUUAGGGGCGGGCACGCCGCCCCACAAACACGCGCGCCACCCUUUAUCGCCACCAUGGCUUUUAUAGAUAAACCCUUGUUUCUUCUUCUUUUUCUCAUUCUAUCAUCAAUGCAUUUUGUUGUCUCUUUAGGAUUGACAGACGCCGAAAUCCUUCUUAAAUUCAAGGGUUCUCUAUCCAAUGCGUCGGCAUUAGUCAGUUGGAGUGACAACACCAAUCCAUGCACAGGGGACGUAUCAAAUUGGAAUGGUGUUAUUUGUCUUAAAAGUUCCGUUAGGGGUUUACAGCUUGAGAAAAUGGGAUUAACAGGCAAGAUUGAUGUGGAAACUCUAAAAGGUUUGUCAGAUUUGAGAACUCUUAGCUUCAUGAAUAAUGGUUUUGAUGGUCCCAUGCCUGAGUUGAAGAAACUCAGGUCAUUGAGAGCCAUAUUCCUGUCAAAUAACCAUUUUUCCGGGGAGAUUCCAAGCGAUGCUUUUGAAGGUUUGUUGAAGUUGAAGAAAGUACACCUGGCAGAAAAUGAGUUUACAGGUGCCAUUCCUUCAUCGCUUGCCACUCUGCCAAAGCUUUUAGAGUUGAGGCUUGAAGGGAACAAAUUUACAGGGAAGUUGCCGAAUUUUUCAGAAAGUAAUUUUGAAUCAUUCGACGUAUCAAACAAUGAAUUGGAGGGGCCAAUUCCUACAACCCUUAGGAAGAUGGAUUCCAAAUCAUUUUCUGGGAACAAAGAUUUAUGCGGGCAGCCACUGAGCCAUUGCAAUUCAAACGGUGAAUCUAACUCUAAAAAGCCCCCCUUAGCAAGUAUAGUUGGGGUGGGUAUCGUUCUGGCGGUAGCACUAGCAGCCAUCGUUGCAGCUGCCUUCAUCCUCCUUCAGCGUCGGAAACGAACAUCCGAAUCAAUAGAGGCCCCACCACCACCAUCAAACCAUCAAAAGAAAACAGGUUCUAAAGAAUUAGACCAGAGUCAAGGGGGUUCAUCAUCAGAACAACCGCUGACUGGGGGAAAGAAGGCUGAGAUAACAAAGUUGUCUUUCGUGAGGAAUGACAGGGAAAGAUUUGAUUUGCCAGACUUGUUAAAAGCCUCAGCUGAGAUUUUGGGCGGUGGCUGCUUUGGGUCAUCCUACAAGGCUGCUCUUUCAACUGGACCAGUUAUGGUUGUUAAGAGGUUUAAGCAAAUGAAUAAUGUUGGCAAAGAAGAAUUUCAUGAACAUAUGAGGAGGUUAGGGAGAUUGCGCCAUCCUAAUUUACUGCCUCUUGUUGCUUAUUAUUAUAGGAAGGAAGAGAAACUCUUGGUCACAGAUUAUAUUGAGAAUGGCAGUUUAGCUUGUCAUCUUCAUGGCCAACCGAGCAUGGAUUGGGCAACCAGAUUAAAGGUUGCCAAAGGAGUAGCUAAAGGCCUCUCAUACCUUUAUAGAGAGCUUCCCAGCAUAAUAGCAGCUCAUGGCCACCUUAAAUCAUCUAAUAUUCUUCUCAAUCAAUCCUACGAGCCCCUCCUUGCAGAUUAUGGAUUAGUUCCCGUUAUCAACCAAGAGGAUGCUCAAGAACUCAUGGUUGCAUAUAAAUCACCUGAAUACUUGCAACUAGGUAGGAUUACCAAGAAGACUGAUGUAUGGAGUCUCGGGAUAUUGAUUGUUGAGCUUCUAACUGGAAAGUUCCCAGCAAACUUUCGGCCACAAGGUAUAACAACUGAGGAGCAUUUGGCAAGUUGGUUAAAUGCUGUUCCCCAAGAACAAUGGAAGAAUCAAGUGAUUGACAAGGAGAUUAGUGGAACAAAGAAUAGUGAAUGUGAAAUGUUGAAGCUACUGAAAAUUGGGAUGACUUGUUGUGAAGGGGAUAUGGAGAAAAGGUUGGAUUUAAAGGAGGCUGUUAAGAGAAUUAAUGAAGUGAAAGAGAAAGAUAGCGAUGAAGAUUUCUACUCUUCAUAUGCUAGUAAAGGGGACGUGAAGUCUACAACAGAAAUGUCUGAUGAUUUCACUCUCUCUUGAUCAAAUAUCACUCACAUUAACACAUUUUUUCUUGAAUAUUUCUUAUUUAAAUCCGAUUAAUCAUGAAUUCAAAAUACAAUAUAUAUUAGUGAAACUCACUUAUUAA